AUGUACGCCUUCAAGUCCCUUGCCGCCCUCGCCCUCAUCGCCGGCCUGGCCCAGGCUUCCCCAGCCCCGGAGCCCAUCAUCAAGCUGGUCAAGAUGUGCGACAAGCCGCACCUCCAGGGUUCCUGCUUUGACUUCCAGACCGAGAUCGAAGUGUGCAAGAACCUGACCCCCAACAUCGACAACAAGCUCAGCUCAUUCGACACAGGGCUGACAUUUUGCGAUUUCUACAAGGACAAGGGGUGUGCCGGCGAUAACAAGACGUUCCGUGGCAAGCAGGAGGAGCUGCCGGCUGAGUACAACAACAAGAUCAGCUCCGUCAAGUGCCGCAACUGGAAAUAA